CAUUCAAAGUGCGAUAAAAAACAGUGGAAAGUGAAAUAAAUAAUAAAGACUAUUGUGGUUCCAUGCCAUAUGGUAGCAGAAACCAGCUACAUUUUGGUAGCUAAGAAAGAAAGAAAGAAAGAAAGAAGGCAUAAAACACAAAACAAAACAAAAACAUUACACAGCCGCUUAUUUUGACGUUGGAUUAUUGCCUCAUUAGAUACUUCAAUUUUGCAACUAAACGUAACUGUGCAAUGUGUUGAGAUUCAAUAUAAUAUUAUUGUCUUUUUUAUAUUAUACGUAUGUGUCUACACAGUUAUGAAAACAUCUUAUUAGGUUAAUUGAAAGUUAUCGACAUGACACUAGGACCAAGCUUGAAGAAAAAGAGUGCCAAUCCACAAGGUGCUCGCUGUCAGAAGUGUUUGGAACAUGGUCAUUGGACUUACGAGUGUAAAGGAAAACGGAAGAUUGUUGUCAGAGAAUCAAGGAUGAGCAUGCUUAAAAAGAGAAUGAAAAUGGCUGCAGAAAAUGCAAAUGUUCAUAGUCAAUCGGAAGUGAAAGAGUCUUCAAAGCAAAAGAAGAAAAAGAAGGAAGAAUCUAGUUCUGAUUCAAGUAAUAGCAGUUCUUCUGAUUCCUCUUCGUCUGAUAGUGACUCAUCAUCGGCUGAUUCCUCUGAUGAUGAUGAAUCUUCCUCCUCUUCAUCUUCGUCAUCAUCAUCUGAUUAAGAAUCAUUAAUUUGUUUGUUCUUUGUAUAUAUUUUAUGUUUAUAAAUAAAUGUAUUUACUUUUAUAAUGUAA